GUUUGACCCUUUGUGAGGGUUAAAGUGCUUAGUUUUUAAAUAUUUUCACGGUGUUUUGUUGCUCCUCGGCCUGGUGUUGAAAAUGAUGCGCUUCAUGCUGCUCUUCAGUCGCCAGGGGAAGCUGCGUCUGCAGAAGUGGUUCACGUCCAUGUCGGAUCGUGAGAAGAAGAAGAUCAUCAGGGACAUGACCACCAUGGUGCUGGCACGGCAACCCCGCUCCUGCAACUUCAUGCAGUGGAAAGACCUAAAGAUUGUUUAUAAGCGGUAUGCAAGCCUGUAUUUCUGUUUGGGAGUAGAGAGCCAGGAAAAUGAGCUGCUAGCCCUGGAGAUCAUUCAUCGCUACGUGGAGCUGCUAGACAAAUACUUUGGCAAUGUGUGUGAGCUGGACAUUAUCUUUAACUUUGAGAAGGCCUAUUUUAUCCUGGAUGAGUUUCUAAUGGGAGGCGAGAUCCAGGAAACCUCUAAACAGAUUGUGAAUCGCUCCAUUGAAGCCUCAGACAUGUUACAGGAGACAUUGGAGGAGUACAUGAGCAAACCUGCAUUUUAGCUUGUGGGGGUGGGGGACAAAAGGACAUGAACUAACAGCAAAGAAGAAGGCGGGAGCAAGAUGUGCUAUAUAGCAGUCACAUACGUUUCUGAACCUGAAAAUGGAGCGAACUUCGAUUCUACUGAACAUUUUCAGAAGAGAAAAAUCUGGCUUUACUUGAAUGUCUGCCUAAAUCAUAGCUGUGUGUAUCAUGUCUUUUGUGGCGACUCUAAUAUACAUUAACAGUAAUGCAUUCAAGUGAAAGGAGAGUUUGUAUGGGUGUGUUUCUAUG